AUGAGUCACCCAGAAGAAUCCCUCACUUCACAGUCUUCCACCCCUAAGAUAUUGAUGUCCCCAUCAUUCCACAGUUCACCUCAGAUUCUCCUCUCCAAAGAUGCCCGAAUCAAACCUUGCUCUUCACCAAAAUCUCUCCCCCAAGCAAACCCCAAAACAGAAUCUCCAUGUCGCAGCAUCAUCCAAACCACCCAUUCAUCCCCUGCAACCCCCGGGCUCGAUGUCUGGGUCUCCGGGAUAUCCCAUCGGAAAACUCUCCAGAUGCUCGGCUAUCCAUCAUCCAACUCACACAUGUUUUCCCUAACUCCCACUCCCCCAUCUCUCCCCAGCACCACCUCACCCACCUCCACGAUCCAAAAAAGCCACGCAGUCACCCGAUCCCAAAUCCCCGCAUCCUCCGUCCUCAACUAUCUCCUCGAGACGUCCCCCAAGAAAAUGCACAUCACCAUCAACGGAUGCAAACGCACCAGCCAAGUCGAAGACAAAUCCGAAGACUACGCUAUUCUCCAAUAUAUCGCUCACUAUAGCGAACCACGGUACUGGGUAUUUGACAUUGAGGAUCUGCACUGCGCUGUAUGUUGCAAACAGAUGCGCGAUCAGCGGAGAAGAGAUUACGAGAAGAGUCGGAGAUGGAGCGAGAGAGUUAAGGGAGCGUGGAGACAUCAGCAUUGUGUGAAUUCGUGGUGUCAUGGGACGUGUACGCAUGAGCGACGGUCUCAUCACGUACUCGCUCGUCUCGGACGCGUCACAACGCGGAAAAUAAAAUACGUACAACUGACUACUUCAUCCGAACGCAUGGAUCCAGAUAUCCUUGCUUCCGCAAUAACGGUUUUGAAACCGUUCGUUUCGAAACUUUCUGGCUUGGAAAUUCUGCUCGUUUCUUCUUCUGAUGUGGUUGGAAGAGCGAGGGAUAUGCGGAAUGGAUCGAGACAAGAAGCACGGCGUUUCAUAUGCUGUUUUAUGGAGUUGGAGGAAUGGUUGGUGGAAGGGGCGAGGUUGGAGAUUAAGGGGGUGGGAAUUUUUAGAGAGCUGGAGGAUAUGUGGUGGGAUGUGAGGAGGAAGUGGUGGAGGAUGGAAGGGAGGGUGAGGGAUGAGAAAUAG